AUGGAUCUGAAAGCCGGCAAAAAUCUCGUGGCACCAGCGAUAAAUAAUAUCAGUUGUUCAAGUAACCGUUUCUCUGGUAACUUUUUAGCUCAGAUCGGCCCGUUGGAUGUGUUGCAGGCACUGUUUAUUGUUUUUCUAACAUUUCUUGUGAUUAGUGCAAACCUAAUGGUGAUAGUUGUCAUUAAUAGUCGGCGGUAUGCGGCCUACAUUCAUCCGCAGCCUCGAUAUCUGCUGACCUCCCUAGCAUUGAAUGAUUUAGCGAUCGGACUGCUAAUCAUUCCUUUCGGGGCACUGCCUGCCUUAGUCCACUGUUGGCCUUACGGUGAAAUAUUCUGCCAAAUCCAGGCCUUACUACGCGGAGCUUUAUCUCAACAAAGUGCUGUUAUUUUAGUAUGUAUGGCGGUCGAUCGCUAUUUAUGCGUGCUGCAUCCUCGGAUUUACUAUAAGCGAUCCAGUAAAAAGGGUUGUGUUGCAAUUCUAAGCGUUACUUGGAUACUUUGCUUAACUUGUUUUGGAUUGCUUGUGCUGCCGAAAGGUUACUACUUCAACAAAUCUGGUUUACUGGCAUGUGAGCCAUUCUACAGUAAAUCUUCCUACCGGAUACUGUCCAGUUGUGCGCUGUACUUUCCCACGACGAUGGUGUUGAUGUAUUGCUACGGGUCAAGUUUCCACGCCAAUCGAUAUAGAUCGUCGACGCCAACCGGUGCCGGAGUUACAGGAAUAGCCGGAACGUCCACUACCUCUAUGCAGGACCAGUCGGCUACUCUUGUAACAACUUCCGCAAUGGGUGUGGGCGGGGCGGCGACUGCUACCACGACCGAAAUCGGAACGGUCAACAAUUCACCGUGUGCUGGUACGCCAACCGGCAUCUCCGUUGCGACACCCUCAACCGUUUCGUUCUCGGAAAAGCUAGUGGAACACGAGCAAAGAUUGAAUGGAUCAACUUCACGCACAAUGGCAGCUAUAUCAUUAGGUUUUAUAGUAAUUGUCACGCCCUGGACUAUACAGGAGAUUGUGGCAACCUGCACGGGAUCAAAGAUACCACCUUCGAUCGAUUUCUGCGUUACGUGGAUAGCGUUAAGCAGUAGCUUUUGGAACCCAUUUCUUUACUGGUUGUUAAAUGCCAGGUUCCGUAAAAUCUGUAAAGACAUGUUCGCGUCAAAGUGUUUCAGUAGCCGAACUUCGCUGGAUGAAAAGUGUAGCAUAAACAUAGAUUAUGAUUCACAUAUGACACCACUGCCGCUUCCACCGGGCCCUCCACCAGCGACGAUCUGUCGCUCAGCAAAUCAUACACCUCGGCCGGACAUCGAAGGUUCGGAAAAGUACUGGGGUGAUAUUCUAGAACGGACAUUUAGCAGUGGUAGUAUUAAUAACAUUCAUCGUAGUACCUCAACGAAUUCGGCAUUGUACAAUUUACAUAGACAUCAGCUUAGAGCUAAUGAGUACCAUCAUCAGCAUCAGCUUCAUAAUGGAGACAGCAACCAUCAAAGUAAUAACAGUAUUUAUAAGUUUCCCCACGAGUAUGAUAGUGAUCCGUACGUUGCUAGUACCAAAGAUGGUGAGUUCACUGUGAUCUUUCCGACCACCAAUUCAGACCCACAGAUGACUGGCGAGCACGAACUCCACGACAUAAACUGCGCAAAGAACCGGGCUUUUUUUGUCGGUUUCAAUCAUCAUCAAACAUUACCUGAUAUCUAG